UUGACAGUUCUCCGCUGAUCGCCGCACUCACAUACGCGCCUUUAUAGUGUGAUAGCAUUUUCUUACCAUUGUCUUUUUCAUCGAUUUCGACUUUUAUGCUUGGCAUUUAAACUUUUGCAAAUUCAAUCUUUUCACUGCCCAUUCUAAGUAUUUUAUGAAACAAUUGUGAGCCAUGCACUUUUGCCGUAUUUGCCGUACUGAGAAAAAUCUCAAAUACACUGUGAAAGAACUCCGGAAGUUUAGUCGAAAGCGACGCAACGAUAGGUUACUCUGCACAACACCUACAUUGGGCAACAUUUGCCACGAUUGUGAAGAGCGACUGCACAAUUUCCACAGAUUGGAUGAUCAUGAAGAUAAUGAUGAACGGAUAAUCGUCGAUGACGACGAAUUGUUGUACAAUUUAUUUUUUGAGAGAGUGGAGCAGCAACGCCUUAUGAAACGUUUAAUGGCCGUGGGUGGAGGUGCGGGCGGCGGUGAAUGGUGUACAACAAAUUUGAGGCAACAAACUUUAGUUGCAGCUACAGCUGGUGCGACUGUGAACGGAGUUGACGAAGUUAUUGAAGUGUUGACGUCACGCGAAAAUACUCCAUCGCCGGCGUUACCAGUAGCGUCGUCACCACUGGCGGCAAUUCAACCGGCGACAAAAAUGGGAACGAAUAAAUUCCAUAAAGAAAAUAUUGUUACAACAACUGCAAGAGACGAUAAGACUAGCUUAACUAUUACUGCUACAGACAAUACUACCUCAAUUACAUCCACUGCCACAAAAAAAACUGUUGCUUCCUCUGCAACUGAAAACUCUUCAUCAUAUAAAGUUGUAGCUGUUAUUAAUUUAGAUGAUGAUGAGGAAAUGCCAACAGGAGCAACUUCAACUGUGUUGAAACCACAAGAAACACUAGAUACAGAUGAAGAAGAAAUUGUAUUUCGCAAAGUUGAACCCGAAGAUUUAAAAAAAUCCAACAAUAAAAAAAGAAGCAAGAAGAAUUCUCGAAAAGGAAAGUACCAACAUCGGCAAAUGAAUUUAAUUGCUAGCCUCAGUUUGGUUUCAAGCGACGAUGAUUCCGAUGUUGAAGUUACUGACCCAGAGUGUAGUCCAGAAAAGACAAAUGCACCGCCAAAACCUAUAGACGAUCAACAAAUAAGCACAACCCAAAUUUCACCAGCUCCAACAAAUACUGAUGAUUCUGUAAAUCAACCUACCAAGAUCGCGUUAGUAGAAAAUGUGCAACAACAAGGUUGUCUUAAUGCAGGUGUGAAAUGCCCAGUCUGUCAGACUGAAUUUACUGCCAGUCAACGCCUAAUACAUCACAUGCGUCGAAAGCAUCGCUCUUACGAUGGCGAAGAAUUAUCGGAACGCCCACGUUGUGCACAGGACUCAGCCAUGACAAUAAGAUUGCGGUAUAUGCAACGUUAUACUUAUUACGAAUGCCAGCUUUGUGGAUGUAUUGACGCAAUUUUUAAGGCGCACAAGGAACAUGUUAUGGAGCAACAUGCCGCGGAAUCAAAAUCAUUGAAAGAUCCAAUGAUGCAGAGCCUCAAAUGCCCGGCAUGCAAAGAGAAAUGUGGAACUCAGCAUGCGUUACUCUUGCGGCACAUGUUACAGUCUCAAAAAGCGGCAGAAUGUCGAGCACAUUUCCGUCAAGUCACCCAUAUUCGGAAUUUAUUCUCUAACUGUGGUUCAAUAAAAGAAAAGGAGUUGCACCGAACGGCACGCAUCUAUCAAAUCUCGAAAAGGAAGCAGUACUUCUUCGAGUGCUUACAGUGCCAUAAAAUCAUUACAGGUUAUUUUAAUCAUCUAAAGCAUCAGAAGACACAUAACAAAAUGAUUAAUAACAAAAAUGUAACAACUGGUGUUCCCGAGGCUACUCCUUUAACGACUGCCGUGCCAACGUUAGAAUUAGGACCACGAGUAAUGAAGCAAAGUUGUGUAGAGUCAAAAGCUAAAUGUGAAAAGCCAAAACCUGCCCCCAUUACAAAAGAACUGAGUGCUAAGAAAAAAUUAUCAAUACCUCAACAGAUUAAUCCGCAGAAAAAUGGUCAACCGCAGCCACGUCGCGAACGCAAACUAACAAAAAAGGCAAUCCAAGCAGCACUACUGAAAGUAAAGGUGAAGCCACCUCUAAAGCAGUUUUCAGCACAUCGAUAUAAAUGUAAAUUGUGCGUUGAAUCCUUCAAAGGAUUUCAUCGCUUGAACCUCCAUAUACUGCGCGUGCAUGAAUCUAAAGAUGGGAGUUUGCGUUGUAACAUAUGCCUAUUGCGCUUUGCCGACAACAACGAACUAGAGAACCAUGAGCAUAAACGACAUUUGCACAAGCAAAAGCGCAAAUCGGUGGGUGCGAGUAAAAUUGAGAAUGGGGAUGUUUUUGAACAAGAAAAAUGUGUUGAGAACAAUAGAUUCUCAAUAAGCAAUAAACGACGACAGCAGUCUGCGUUACCUAAUCGUAUUGAUCCCGCUCCAAUAGACACAAAAUUGGUCAAAAAGGAAAACUUGGAUGUUGAGAACGGUAGUGUUACACACAUAUGGCUACAGGAAUUGCUAGCAUUGGCGGCUGAAAAUCGUUUAAAAAUCUCCAACAAUUCAAAUAAUAAUAAUAACAACAAAAACUGCAGUGAAGAAAUACUAGAAUGCAAUACUUAUGUAGGCUGUCAAAAGAAAGCCAUUUUGGAGAAUCGUACUAAGCAUUGCGAACCAUCUAUAAUUGCCUCUCAACAGUGUCUCUAUUGUGCGCAUUUAUUCAGCAGCGUGUUGGAACUACAUACACAUGAGAAGUUGCAUGCACAACGGCAGGAAGUCAAGAUGUUAAAGCGCUGUAAAAUGGAUAACUUUACGGCCAACCUGGUGUCAAGUUGAGUUAAGGCCAAAAAUCGGAAAUACGUAAUUUCCCGUUUGAAACGGAUUCUGUUCCUACGCCCACAGAACUUUGGCAAAUCGCAAACUGUUUCAAAAUGCAUUUAUAUAUUAUUUAUAUUUUUCGUCCACUUAAACAAACUUUAACAAUCAGAACUCAACUUAAGACAAUGUAGAUGCAUUUGUUUUUGCACUAACCUAAAUGGAUGAGUAGCCUUAUUAAAUGCGAUACCGAAAAUAAGUAUAUCGACUGAUAUCAUAAUUCUAUACCAUUCUGUUAUGAAAUAUUUAACUAAAACUUGCUGGAUCACAACUUUAAAUUUUUAUCAUUAAUGUAAAUAGAAAUUUAUGAAUGUAUUCAAAUGUUGGCAAGUCUACAUAUGUACAUUGGUAGGCAUACAUAUUUGUACAUAAAUACAGAUGUGCGUGUACGUUUAUGCACCUACAAGUGUAAAUUAAUCAGGCCUGUGCUGAAUUUCGCUUUCGUAAAAAUUAUAAGCGACCCACUUUUCGGAAUUGGUAAAAGCAACAAAAAAUUAGAGGGUAUUGCAUCCUUCUGCUUUUCAAGCUAAGUCGGAAUGCAGGACAGACCUGAAUGUUGGAUAAGUAGAACAAUCUUUUUAAUUACAUGUUUUACUUUAGUUUCAUAUAAA